AUGAUCUUUUCCAUUACUCUUGUACAUCAUUGCUUUAUCACUGCUACAACUCUGUCAACCCACCACCCUAAGGUCAUUACGCGAACGAAGCGUCAAGAUCAUCUUACAAUGGGGCUGGAAUUGAAUCCCUGUGAGAUCGAAAAGUCCAUCAAGAUGAACAACAUCUUGCCAAGCCAGAGUCCAUUCGGUAUCUUGGAACGUGUUACCUCUGUACUUGCAGAUGACAAUCUUCAGUCAAACUCCAACGCCAACGCCUCCAACGAAAUGAGAAUCGGGAUAAGCAGUAAGAAGCAGAUCGCCAUAAAUGGCCUUAUCAUUCUCUCGAACUUCUUACAGGUGGGGCUUCAGGUCUCUUCAUGUGGAUCAGCAAUCAUUGACUUUUAUACCUUCAAGUUUACAUCCAUGUUCUCAACCUUGGCUGGAGGUCUUGAGUUCAGCCGCAGACUUGGCUGGGAGGCUACACCCGGAAAGGCCAACUGGAUGGGUGCAGGAUUCUCUCUCACUCAAAGUGCCAUGGUUCUGGUCAGCGGACGACUUGGAGCGAUCUAUGGACAUAAUCGUGCCCUGAUGGCCGGCGGUGCAAUCAUUGUGAUCUUCUCUCUCGCCAAUGCUUUCACUUCAACUUAUCACGCUUUCAUAGCAAUGCGUGCUAUGACUGGUGUGGGAGGAGGUAUCCUGAUGCCAAAUGCUGUUGCUUCUUUGAUGAUUGCAACCCCUCCUGGGCUGGCCCGCAAUGCUACCCUCGCAGUCUUCGCAGCUUCACCACCUAUAGGCGCUCUUUUAGGUGCGUUGUUCGCUGGAGUCUUUUUACAGGAGACAGCGGAAUGGAAGUGGCUCUUUAUCAUCAUUGCGGCUUUGGAACUUAUCGUGCUGAUCGUUCUCUUUGUCGUACUUCCAUCUGAAGAACCCGUUGAUAAAGACGGAACGAUUGACUUUAUUGGAAUACUAUCAGGAGUGUCGGGCCUCGUACUGUUUUCUUUUGCCUGGAUACAGGGACCAGCUAUCGGCUGGGAUACGCCGUAUGCCAUAGCCGUUUUGGCCUUGUCAGGUGUUUCACUAGUUGUCUUCGUCGUAUGGGAGAGCAAAUACGCCCCCGAGCCUAUCAUGCCAGUCAGGAUCUUUGCGGCACCAACCUUCACCGCUUUGAUCAUCGUUGUUCUUUUGACAUACAUGUCAGUGGGUAUUGCUCUUUGGUACAUGGUUGCAUGGCAGCAACUGAUCCGAGACUGGACGGUCCUUAACAUCGCGAUUGGCUGGAUCCCGUACGGCGUCGGUGCAUCGUUCGCCGUGACUCUUGCGGCGUUGCUGAUACCAAGACUAGCAGCCCAAUACUUGCUCGCAAUUGGUAUUGUUUCCUCUAUGAUAUCACUGUUACUGCUUGGUACUAUGCCAGAGCAACAAACGUAUUGGGCGCAGACAUUUCCUGGAAUCUUGAUUGGAAGCAUCUGCGCAGACUUUGUCUAUGUCGCUGCCCAGAUCAUAGCAAGCAACAGUGUCGGGGUCAAAGAGCAGGGUAUUGCGGGGAGCCUUAUCGGAACGUUGAAUCUCUAUGGAAACAGUCUCGGCCUGGGUUUCGCUGGGACUAUAGAGACUCAGGUAGCCAGGCAUACGGAGAGUGUGAGCUUGCCGUACCGAGCAGCUUUUUUCUUCGGAGCAGGGUUGACGUUGGUUGCCCUGGUUCUGAAUGCUGCUUUUGUUCGCGUUCCUCGAGAUUCUGGCUGUCACGGAGAGCAGACCUACGUGGAAAUACAGGUCAAGCCUACUGGCCUCGGAGCUAACGGGCAGUCUACGCAGCCAGAUGCGGCGACUCGCAGUAGCCUCCAUCUUGCACGACUUACAAUGCAAGAUUUGCACGGCAUGUCGCAAACCAACAGUGGCGACUCAUUUGCCCCGCCACAAGCCGUCCAGGAACGUGGCUCCCUGCGUACCCCUGAGAAGGGAAAGAGUCAGUUCAUCGGCAGCUCCAGCGGAAAUUCCUUUGUGAACACAGUCCGACGAGCAUUCAUAAACGCCUACUCGCGGCUGUCAAUGCAUGCCUGA